UACAACUAUCGAAACGACGGCCAAUCGAAAUUGUUUGCCAUCCCAGAAGACAAGAAAAAGACGAAAUAAUAUAUAAUAAUAAAAAUUUUUUACACCGUGAUAAUAUUGCCAAGCAUUUGUUUUCCGCGUCUCCGUCGUCGGUAAUAAGGCAACAAAAGCCACGUCCACGUUCACGUACCACAGCCAGCAAGCCCCCAAAACAGCAGUAGCAUCACCGAAAGUGCAGCCACAACAGCAACAACAACAUCGGCAGCAGAAGCAGAGUCACAAGAAGAUACGAGCCACAAGACACACAUCCAAAUACGACGAAGAACUCUGAUUUGAAGAGAGAAAAGCAGUAAGCGGAAUGCCACUGUUCGGGAAGUCGCAGAAGUCGCCAGUGGAGCUGGUCAAGUCGCUAAAGGAGGCAAUCAACGCUCUGGAGGCAGGCGACCGCAAAGUGGAAAAGGCGCAAGAGGACGUCAGCAAGAAUUUGGUAUCCAUCAAGAACAUGCUGUACGGCAGCAGUGACGCCGAGCCGCCGGCGGACUAUGUGGUGGCACAGCUGUCGCAGGAGCUGUACAACAGUAAUCUGCUGCUGCUGCUUAUACAGAACCUGCACAGGAUCGACUUUGAGGGCAAGAAGCAUGUGGCGCUCAUUUUCAACAAUGUGCUGCGCCGACAGAUCGGUACGCGGUCACCCACCGUCGAGUACAUCUGCACGAAGCCGGAGAUCCUGUUCACGCUUAUGGGUGGCUACGAGGACGCGCAUCCGGAGAUUGCCCUCAAUUCGGGAACCAUGCUGCGUGAGUGCGCCCGGUAUGAGGCGCUGGCCAAGAUCAUGCUGCACUCGGACGAGUUCUUCAAGUUCUUCCGGUACGUGGAGGUAUCAACCUUCGACAUUGCCAGCGAUGCCUUCUCCACCUUCAAGGAGCUGCUUACGCGCCACAAGCUGCUCUGUGCCGAGUUCCUGGACGCAAACUACGACAAGUUCUUUUCGCAACAUUAUCAGCGGUUACUCAACUCGGAGAACUAUGUGACGCGACGACAGAGUCUGAAGCUGCUCGGCGAACUGCUGCUGGACCGGCACAACUUCACCGUGAUGACGCGCUACAUUUCCGAGCCGGAGAACCUCAAGCUGAUGAUGAACAUGCUCAAGGAAAAGUCGCGGAACAUACAGUUCGAGGCGUUUCACGUCUUCAAGGUGUUUGUGGCGAAUCCCAACAAGCCGAAGCCCAUCCUGGACAUCCUGCUGCGCAACCAGACGAAGCUGGUCGACUUCCUCACCAACUUCCACACGGAUCGGUCAGAGGACGAGCAGUUCAACGACGAAAAGGCCUAUCUGAUCAAGCAGAUAAAGGAGCUGAAGCCGCUGCCCGAGGCUUAGUUGGACUUGGACCCGUCCAACUCCCAGCUAUUGCUUUAGCUGCGUCCCGGGGGCGAGCGAGAGCCAGCGGAGAACGGAGAGUGAUGGUGGGUUUAGCAGGAUGAACGAACAUGUUUAUGUGUGUGGGUUAAAGCAAAUAUAUAUUAUAUAUACUAUAUUUUGUGACGAUGAUGACUACACUUGUGAGUAACUAAACAAUAAUUUAGACAACAACAACACUGAUGAUACUGAUAAAUAACGAUAAAGCAAAAUAGUAACAAAAACAAAAAGCUAAAGUACGAGUAAAUAGAGCGUAAAGCCUAAGGAAAACCCCGAAAAAACCGAAGAACCGAAAGAGAGUUGCGAAUUUAACAUAGCCUUCUCUUCCCUAUAUCCCUCGAUGAUUCGAUCCGAUCCUCUACCCACAUAUAUAUAUUCCCGUGCCCAUUUUUUCGAUUCCUUUUUAAACAUAACUUGGUUGUUGUAUUCUGAAAUUCGAGAGUUUUUAAAAAACGAUCCUUCCUCCACCUCAUAACCUGCCACGCCUUCAGCCUCUAUCCACACGCCCCCGAAAAAAGAAGAAACUGAAUGAGUUUUGACUUCAAAAUGUAAUUCCACGCAAAAUUCAUGAAAAAACACUAAACAAAACAUGGAAAUUAAAUACCGUAUAAUAAUAAUAAUAAUUCAUAGUGAUAAUUGUCUGUGCAUCCUUUUGCAUGGACUCUAUUAUAUAUAUAUAUAUACAAGCUUAUAUAUAUAUAUAUAUACAUAUAUAUAUAGAAUGAGCGAGAGAGAGAGCAUUCAAAACACAGAGACACAGACACACACACACAACAUACACAUGCAUACGUACAUAGUUAAAAAACGGGAAGUAAAACAAAACAUUGCGAGCAACAUAAUAACUAUACGAUUAUUAUAAUUUAUAUUAUUCCCAAAUUAAAGAUAACAGCCAAACUAA